UGUUUUCCAAUACUGCAUUCAAAAACAUUCGAACAUUCAAAUUUUAUAGGCGGUCGUCAAAACCAUUAUUAUUUACUAAUGUACAUACAUAUGUAUUUUUGAAUUGUUUAUAAACCUGGAUACGUAAAUGCUGCGAUGCAGCAAAUAUUCCUACUAAAAUGGUUUUUUUGUUGUUUCAUAAUUGUUAUACGAUGCCUUGCAUUUCAAGCCUCUGAGUCUCUGUCUCAGAGUGAAGAUACGAUUGAAAGCGUGCCCAAAGAGACAGUUGAUUGGACUGGACUGCUCACAAAUCUACGCGAUAGUUGGCAGUCACCGCUUUAUUACUUAGAAAAACGCGGUUAUCUGCCCCCAGGUAAUGAAAAUCUAUUGGAGCAAAAACUAAACGAAUUACGUGGAAUGAAAACAAAUGAAAAUAAUUUUGAUGAAUUCGGGGAGAAGGCUGAUGAGAAUAUGGAAGAACUGUCUUCUUCAAAUGUAUUUAAUUCAGCUGAGCCGGGUUCUGCCAACUCUGUUGAAGAUGGCAAUUAUAAUCGAGCUAUUAUUACAUAUGCUAGCCAGCAACAACAGCCACUGGAUUCGACAGACGUCUUGUUCAAAGAAUUUUCAGUUGAUAUGCAUCCUGGCACUGAUUCUGAUAACGAAAUAGAUCAGGACUCUGAAGAAGACUUAGGAAGUCUAAAAAACAAUAUAGCAAAUGCUUGUGCAAAAAAGCCGUCCACAACCGCAACGAAAUCGAAGUCCAAAUCAAAGUCAAAAUGUAAGUCGAAGUCGAAAUCGAAGGCAAAAUCGAAGCCUGGAUUUUUUCAAAGACUAAAGGAGAGCUUUUCAUCUAUAUUUAAGAAGUCCCAGUCCGCGAAUUCCAAAGAUGAGCAGAUAAAAAAGCCUGCGCUUUCCUCAGAUUAUGCAAACUAUUUUGUGAAAUAUUUGGCCCAUAGGGACAUGAAUGCUGAUGCGAAUAAUUUGAGUGUUAAUGAUUUAAAUAGCCAGUAUGCUGGUAUAAAAAGUUCUGACAAUUCAGAACAUGCUGGUAAAGGCUUAUACCGAAGAGAGUACAGUGACAAAGAUUUAAGUUCGAAGUCUUCAAAUAGUAAGGUCUCAACGUUUAGCAAUCUUAAUGAUAAAGGAACAUCAAGCCAGACUCUUAGUAGCAACACUUUUUCAUCUGAAAAAUUUACUGACGAAGCUUUAGAAAAAAAGGAUUCGGUGUUGAAAGGUUUUCCAUUCCAGGACUUUAAUUUUGGAGAUUUAAAUCUUAAAAAGCUAAGUACAAAAGAUGUCAGAAGUAACAACAAAGCUGAUGAUGAGUUUUCUGAAUUACAAAACUUUAAAUCAAAAGAUGAAGAAGUUAAUAAGAUCGUGCAUAGUUUGGCGGAACAACAAUCUACUGCAAAGGACUCCUUUAAGACAGAAAAGUGGGAAACAAAAGAUGAUUCUAGUUUGAAAGAAUUAGCACUACCUAAUGACACUGGAAAUUUGCUACUUGAAAAUAAAUUAAUCCAUGAGGAUUAUAAAGACCACAGUGUGAAAGAGAUCAUGUCUACUAACGCAGGGAAAAGGAUUGAAAACGAAGAAGUCGCUGGAAAAAAUGAAAUUAGUUCAAAAAAUGAUGUCCUUGAUGAACUUACCACAUCAAGUUUUAACAUGAGAAGGCCGAAUUCUCUUGCGAAAGAUGAUUUAAACAAACUAAUGAGCCUCAAGGAUUUUGAUUUUUCGAAUCCUGAAGUAGAAUCAAAAAAUCUGGCUUCUCUUUCUAAAGAUACCGUAUCCAAUGAUGAUAAUUGUGAAGACUUAAGCAACUUGGACAUGUCUAGUCUUAAAAUGAAGAUCAAACCUAAUGCAGAAGAAAUAGAUGGUCCUAACGAUAUUGAAUCAAAUGAAUUUUUAACACCCGUGAGCAGUAAGGAUAGUAGUGAUUUCACUGUUAAUGAGGAUAUUUUGAAGGAAAGCGGCAUCAACGAAUACUCCGUAGAGCAACAAGAUGCCACAGGUUUAAAUACAGAUAGCCUUAAUGAUAAGGCCAAAAUCGGAUUGACGCAGGCUAAACAAACAAACAUAAAUGGGUUUGUAAUAGGGGAUAUAUCCGCAAUAGCAGAUAAAACUAAUCUGGACUUAGAUCGACAGUUUACAAGGCAGGUUUUAGAAAAAGUUAUGCGAAGUACAGUUCAAGAGCAUAACAUUAACAAGCAGUAGAUUACGGUACUUACUAUUUUGAAGUGAAAAGCCGGGAAUAUUUUGUAGUCGUAUUGAUAUCUCAAACAGUUAACUAUUUAAAUAGUGUUCACUUUUAACAAUUUAUUUAAAUAAACAGUUUUUUUCGAUUUCUUUAUGCAAUGCAUUUGUUUUUUGUUUUGUUUAUUUUUAACACAUAACUCGCGUUUGAAAGCGUAUACAGACAGUGCAAAUAUAAAUUUUUUGUAAGUUGUAUCCCUUUGGAAGACGCUUUAGAAUGGUAUAUCAAUAAGUGAAAACAUUCAAGCCAUUAUUUGUAUCUUUGUAGUUUCUAUACUUCCAGGAACUGCUUAAAUAGUAGCCUCAAAGUUUUUAUUGGGGUUCCCUAAUAAUAAAGCUUAAAAAAGCCUUGGUUCAUGAACUGGAAUAAUAUUAUUAUUAUGUAUCAUACAAGAAAUAACAAAUAUUUAUAAAACUAUUCUAUGGAGAAAUAAAACUGAAAUAUUAACAGCGUUUGGCUUUUUCUUUUUACCAUCUUCUUCAUCCAUAACCUUUUAUACAGUAAAUCGAAGUUUACAAGAUAUUAACGUAGGUAGGUGUAAACACAUCUAUAAAUAUUCAAUACUGAGGAGAUCACACCUUUUCUAACACACGCAAAACACAUAUUGUACAUACAUACAUACAUACGUAUACUCAUAUGUACACUAAGUGUGUGGGCCCAGGGGCAAUUUUGUUUACACUCAUCAAUACACACAUGGUGUAUGUGCGAACACAUUUCUGAUAUGAAAUGAACUUGUUAAUUUGCCUGUGUAUUGUCUUAAAACAAUAUGUGUAUGUAAACAAUUCAAAUCGUUAUUAAUUGCGCAAAUAGAGCGCAUGAGAAAUAUCAUCAAAAUAUUUCUGCGUACUCAUUUUUGCUUCGAAUUCACUAGAUCUGAGGCCAUAAAACAUUUUUGGAACUUUUUAUAGACCCCCAAAGAAUAUAUUAAUUAACUUAGGCACUACUUACUCAUGUGUGCUUUGUAAAUUUUAUAAUUAGCACAUUGUUUAAUUUAGGGUUUCUGCAUUCUACAUAUUUCCACAAUCAAUUAUUUGCAGAACUGAAUAAACAAAAAAUAAAAUGCAAAUUAAUAAAAACAAAAAAUAGAGGUAUGUGUAUGUGUGUAUGUAUUCACAUGUUCACCGAAAUUUAGCAAUUGCAUUUAUUUAAGUCUAAAAUUAAUGAUUUCUCCGAAUUUUAUUUAUGAUGAAUAGUCCACCUGUUUCAAAGAUUUGCCGCGCAUACAUACAUACAUAAAUAUAUAUAAUAUAUGUACAUAGGUACUUACGAAGCAUGACCUUUAACUAUCACAUCACAUGAAAGUGAAUGUGUUGAAUUAAAACGUCUUUCACCAAAUAAUAUCUAACUUGUUCAACUUGCAAUAAGAUCCAAUUUAUUUAAAUGUUAUAACACUAAAACGCAUGCAUUGCAGUUCUGAUAUAAGCAAAUAGAUUUAAAGGUUUUAUGUAUUCAACCUUGUAUACGAAUAACUAUAGAACUUUGCAAGCAAAAUGGGAGCUUCUUUUUGUUUUUCUUAUUUGAUCUUAAUAUAUUGUCCUAGGAGGAAAUCCUUUUAGGAGUGAUUGUUGGUUGUGGUGAGGGAGAGACCGCCUUUUCGGGGCGAUGGUGUGGUUGCCUUUAUAGGUGAUUUCUUCAAAUUAACAAAGCCCAACUCAUUAUCGGGUGAUGGCGAAGAUGUGGCACCGGAAUUUCGUCUCGAUGAACUUGGUCGUACAUUUG